AUUUCAUUACAGGUGUAUGAUUACUUCGAUAAGUAUACAUUUCUUUGCGAAAUGUAUGAUGAAGAAGGAGACGAGAUCGUGGAAUUAGUUCUUAAUUUUUUCCCUUUCGAUAAUUCUGUACAAAUAAUCAACACGAAAAAGGGUAAAACUCUUUUGAGACGCGUACAAUUGCCUUCAUUAAAAUUAGAAAUGCUUCAAAUAGGUAAUGUUGUGAAUAUAUUUUCAAAAUUACUUAACAUCAUCGACUGUGCACCUUUGACUCGAAGAACUCUUUUUAAAAAUGUGGAAAGUACUUUUGCUAUGAUAAAACCCAUCCCACCAAGCGAACAUGGCAAAAUUUUAACAUUCAUCAUGAAAAACGGAUUUCGAAUUGUUCGUAUGAAAAAUGGCAAGAUCAGCAAGGACUUUGCAAUUAUACUGUACCAUAACAUUUCGGGAAGCAAUAUGAUGCCAAUAAUAAUAGACUACAUCACGAGCGGAGAGGUUAUUGGCCUAGAACUGGUUGCUCCUGAUGCUGUAAAAAAAUGGCGCAAAUGUUUAGGGGCAACCGACCCAUCAGAAGCUGCUCCAGGAACUUUACGUAAUUUGUAUGGAGAAAAUACACUAAAAAACAUUGCUCAUGGUUGUAAUACUUUAGAGGAUGCAACCCAAAUGUUAGAGCUGUUUUUUGGUUAUGAGAAAGGCAUACCACGAAUUCCAUAUAGAGCUACUUUAAAAAACUGUACAUGCUGCAUAAUAAAACCUCAUGCUGUUAUUGAUGGUAAUAUUGGCUCCAUUUUGGAAGUUAUUGCUACAUCUAAAAAAUUCUAUAUAUCAGCCAUAGCUCUAUUUUCUGUUAAGCUGAUGAAUGCAGAGGAAUUUUUUGAAAUAUAUAAGGGUGUUCUGCCAGAAUAUGAAGCAAUGUGCAUACAUUUAGCUGAAGGGAAAUGUGUUGCACUAGAAGUAAAGUCUGAUGAUCCAAGUAUUAACAUUGUGUCUGAAUUCAGAAAAGUUUGUGGACCUAGAGACCCUGAUUUAGCUCGACAACUGUAUCCCGAUUCUAUAAGAGCUUUAUAUGGAAAAAGCAUUUUAUAUAAUGCAGUCCAUUGUACAGACCUCCCAGAAGAUGGUGAGCUUGAAGUGGAAUAUUUUUUUAAAUUA